CACAACUCUCUCCACAGAGAGGGAAAAAAACUCCAUCUGAAGUUCACAACAUAGCCCAUGUAAAAGGGAAAACCCUCACACCCUGAGACAUGUCUCAGAGAGGAGCAGAUGAAUUUGGGCUUUGAGAUUGCAACACACACCAGAAUGGAGGGACAUUCGGGGUCCUCUCAUAAGUACCUGCAGGUGUGGUGCAGCGUCCUCACUGUGGCCAUGGUGGUUAUGGCUGCUUUUCUCAUCUCAGUCAAACAAAAGUCAACUGGGGAAGAAGUCUCUACAGUGAAACCAGAUAAUGCCAGUCCAAUAAAUCCAACAGUCAACAGUAUUGUGGCUCCAUUCGGGUCAAUAAGAUCAACUCGCUCGUUCAUCCAGUUAAUCAAGGAUCCCCUGAAGGACUCUUGGAAAGACUCACCCCCCAGCAGUCGCUCCUCUUCCCUCUUCCUGAGAAAUGACUCCAUCCACUUCAAGGAGAGCAGCACCUACUUCAUCUACGCUCAGGUCCACUUCAGGGACCUUGGGAAAAGACAAAAUCAGACCAAAUUUGUGUCUUUGCAAAGAAAUCCCACGAAUGGUAGAGGUCUCCUUGUAUUGGUUCAGGGGACAUUUCCGGAAACAACAGUCAGCUCCGUGUGGCUGGCUAAGAUUGUAAGCCUCAGUGAGGGCGACAGUAUCAGUUUAAACGUCACAGCAGAGUUUGGGACAGACAGCCAAUUGACCUUCUGGGGAGCAAUUCGUCUUUCUUAGCACUGCUGGUCUCAAAGAUUUGUUCCGAUAUGAGAAAGAGUAAUUUGGGGUUGGACUGGUAUGUUUUAAGUAGGCCUUCAUCUGAAUGUACCCUGCCAAUAUUUUAUGAUAUAAACGCAAUUUAAGGCCAACAAGUAGUCAAGACCACAGGAAUAGUGAUAUUUAACAGUCAUGCAACACUAAAAACCUAAAAGCUUCCUCAGGCGGACUACUGGGUAAGCUUUAACACAUUUAACUGAUCAAUUAAAAUAAAAGUAAAGAUAAAUGCUCAAAUUGUCAUUUAUCCUUUGAUAUUUGGACAAACAUUUCAUUUUACUGUGCCAGUCUAACCUUAAACUUGUCUCUACUUUUUGUCUAUACUUUCAAGUAUGCCAGGUUGUUCUCACUCUUGAAAUUGUGUGGCGUUCUGUGGUCUUGUACAUGUUUAAGCUAUUUGGUUUUACGUAUUUUAAAUUGAUUGUAAACUGUGACUGUCAUGAGCAUGAAUGUUUUUUUCUCAUAUGUUUUUAAUAAUUUAUGAAGUGGAAUAUCAUAUUUGUUGGGUUGAUUUCAAUGAGGAGAAGAAUU